CCCCCUUGACAGUGAGCUCAUCAGUUUAGUUUGUUUUUAAGCUUGGACUUUGACAAUGUCGCGCUAUUUGCUAUUCAUUGGCUGUUGUUGUCUGGCAGCUGCUGUGUUGGCCACAGCUCAGAUACCCAUUACUCCCCGUGAGUGCGGUGUUAAUGAAAAGUUCCUGCCUUGUGGCCCCAGCUGUCAAACGGAGUGUGCCACCCUGGGAGAUCCCUGUCUAAUUCGGCAUAUUCGCUGCCCCGAUGGUUGCUACUGCAAUGAAGGGUUCGCCAGGGAUUCCACUGGCACCUGUAUACCCAUUGAAAAGUGCAAGAAGAAGAACAGGGGUUCGGGUUCCUACGGAAAGUGAAGUUAAAGGAAAUUUUGGGGUUACAAAAAUAAAUUGAAGCUGAUUUUUUGAAAGAA